AUGACCCUGUUAGCUGACCGAGAGCUGGCGGCCCGAUCUGUGCUGACAGCAUCUCCUCCCUCACAAACCGGCUGCUAUCCGGAUUUAAAACGAGAGGAAAUGGCCAGCAGAGGAGGAAACACACUGAGGUUGGGAAGUAAAGACUCUGACAUUGACCAAGAGGACAGCCAUGUUUACAGCCAGGCCAGAAAUCAAGCCGUGAAAGACAAGCGUCGGUCUCCCCCCUCCAACAGAUCGCCAUCGGCCUCGCAGCGCAACCCUCACCACAGCGGCACCGCGGACGACCAGGAGAGUCCAGAGAGAGUGGUGCAGAAGGAGAAACUACAUGCAGAGCUGAAGCAGGUGUUGAGUCAGAAAAGAAGUAACUUACGAGAGUCGACCUGCAAACUGGCUGAAGCAGAGAUGGAUUCAGAGUCUGCAGAGGAACAGACAAGUGUGGAGGAAAUCUCCAAGGCUGUGGAGAUCGUGGUGGAGACGGAGGCGGAGGCCGGAGCCAGCGGCUACAGCGUGACGGGUGGAGGACAGCACGGCAUCUUCGUCAAAGACGUCCUCAAAGACUCUCCGGCUGCGAAACACCUGAGUCUGCAGCAAGGUGACCAGCUGCUGAGUGCGAAGGUCUACUUUGACAACGUGCGCUAUGAGGACGCGCUGAAGAUCCUUCAGUGUGCAGAGCCAUAUAAGGUCAGCUUCCAGGUCAAGAGGACCGUUCCUAAAGCUGACAUCAGCGUCCGGCCAAGAGUUCCCAGCCUGGAGGUCAAAGGUCCCAAGGCCAAGAUGGCUAAAAUGAGUGUGAAAGGCAUGAAGCCGUUCAAGAUCCAGAAGAAAAGAGGGGGUCGUUUUGGUCUGAAGAGGCUGAAAGAGAAGCGUAAGGAGGAGCUGGUGAUCGAGGGAACGCCUCCACCCGCUGAAGUUGACGUGGAGUUUUCACUUCCUAAGUUCAACCAGAGGAAAAGUGACGUAGAGGUCAGAGGAACAGGAAGCUUUGCAAAGGCAAAAAGGAGGAUCGGGUUCCCCCAUAUGAAAGCGAAGGGACGCAGUGGUGCGGGAGGAAAACUGGAACUUGAGGGACAUGAGCGUGUCCCUUCGUCUGAAAUACCUGGAGCUAACGUGAAAGCCAAAGGAAAGGGACAUAAGUUUGGGAUCGUAUUUCCCAAGACGAAACACGCAAAGUCGGGUUCUUCCACAGGAAACGUGGAGCUCAGGCCUCCAGAGAUGAGCGUCCAGCCGCCGUCCAUGGAGGCCGGUUUGUCUGGCAAAAAAGACAAAAACGUGGAGAAGAGAGGCUCAAAGUUUAGCCCCCCAGAUGUGGAGUUUGCCCUCCCCUCAGGAAAAGCUGAGGCAUCUGUGCCCAGCGUGACGGGACGCGCGGAAAUCAAGGCUCCUAAAGUAGACGUCAGAGGAGAAGCUGAUGUCGGCAAAGAAGAUGCAAAACUCAGAAUACCAAAGUUGAAACUACCCAAAAUCAGACUCUCACGCCACUCGGACUGGCACAAGAUUGACGGUGAAACCAAGGUGAAAGCGGAGGGAAUGAAAGUACCUCAUGCUGACAUCACAACUCCAACAGCUGAAAUUAGAGGUGAUGGAGAAUUUAUUGUUCCUAAAGUGGAGGUCACCAAACCAAAAAUUAAAGGAGACGUAUCAGGAAAAGCUGCCUCAGUUCAAAUGCCCUCAGUUGAUAUUUCUUUGCCAAAGGUAAAGGGAAAGUCUGGCACAAGUUAUUCAGUCCAAGGGGUUGAAGGAGCAGGGAAGUCAGAGAUCAACGUGCCUGCUAUCAAUAUCUCUGCACCCGAUGUUGGCCUGGACUUUGAUUCAGGUCAGAGAAUUCCCGAUGAAGUGGAAGGAACUGUGAAAGGGCCCAAAAUCUCUCUGCCAAAGGUUGACGUCUCCUUACCAAAGAUGGAAGCUCCUGGUGUCAAUAUUAAAGGGCCAGGAGGUGGAGGAAAGUUCAACCCACCUUCUGUUGAUGUCUCUUUUCCAAAGAUGAAAUCAGACAGCGCGGAUGUGGACAUGGACUAUUACGUUGGUGGUGACGGAAAGUUCAGACUACCUGAUUUUGACGUGACUCUUCCUAAAAUGAAUUCACCAGAUGGAGAAGGAGACGUGGAAGUGGGAUUCAAAUUGCCCAAAGUAGAUUUAGCUCUCCCAAAAAGCAACGCAGGAGAAGCUGACAGGGAAGGAAAGGGAAAAUUUCAGCUGCCAUCUGUUGAUGUCUCGCUGCCUAACCUGAAGGCAGGCAAGGUGGAAGUUGGCACUGAAGGCCAAAAAGUGAAAGGUGGCAAAUUUGAAAUGCCUGGUAUUUCAUUGCCUAAAGGAGAAAUAAAAGGAGACAUCAAACUCCCAAAAAUGGCAACAGCUGGGGCUGAGGUUGACGUUGAAACAUCAGCAGAUGUUUCUGUACCUAAACCCAGGGGUGAGAUUGAAGGAAAAGUCGAGGGAGGCAAGUUCAGCAUGCCUUCUGUAAACAUUUCUCUCCCUAAAAUGAAACUUCCUGAAGGAAAUGUGAAACUAGAAGCUCCUGAUCUUCCACAGAUCGACCUCUCUCUUCCGACAUCAAGGGAACCAGGCAGUGUGGAUCUGGAGGGAAAAGGCGGGGCCAAAUUUAAUAUGCCAACAUUUGACAUCUCAUUGCCUAAGGGAAAAACUGAAGACAGAGAACUAGAUGUUAAAGAACCUGCCAUCAAAGGAGGAGCAAAAUUCAACAUGCCAUCUCUUGACAUUUCGCUCCCUACAAUAAAACCACCUGAAGGGGGAACUGACAUCCCCAUGGAAGGUCCUGAAUUUCACAUCAAAUCACCUACAGCUAAUGUCAAUUUGAAAGGAACCGGGAUCAAAGAAGAAAAAAUGAAUUUGCCUGCAAAAGAUAUUUCUCUUCCAAAAGAAAAAGUAGAGGGGAAGAUAACUGUUGAAGGAAAAGGAGGGAAGUUAAAGAUGCCUUCACUUGAUGUGUCCCUUCCUAAAGUGAAGAUGCCCGAGGAAAACAUUGAAAUUGGAGGAAAGACUGUUGACAUCUCACUUCCAAAAGGAAAAUUAGAUGUGGACAUAGGAACCAAAACUAAAGGAGGGCGAUUUCAUUUACCCUCAGUUUCCCUACCUAAAAUAAAAUCAAAACGAGGUGAAAUCAACAUCGCAGGGCCAGAAAUAAUAAGUGGAGAAGUAAAAGCACCAACUAUUGACAUCUCCCCACCACAAGGAGCAUUGGAAGCUGACAUUGAUUUUGAUGAUCAAGGUAAAAUGGCUGGAUUCAAUGUGCCAUCUGUAGACAUUGACUUACCCACUGUUAAAUUUCCAGAAGGAUAUGUAAACUUUCAAGGUCCAAAAGUCAAGGGUGACAAAUUUGAAAUGCCCAGAAUUGAUUUCUCAUUGCCUAGAGGGAAAAAACAUGGAAACAUUGAUAUUGACAUCCACUCUGGAGUAGAUGGAAACUUUGAAAUACUUUCUGAUGAUACGAAACUUCCUAAAGGAAAAGGCAAAUUUGGUGUAAAUAUUAAAGGACCGGAGGAAAAAGCAGGAAAACUCACAAUGCCCAAAUUUAAAGUUUCAGCUCCAAAAUUGAACAUACCAGAGGGAGAUGUCAAAGUGCAAGGACCAGACAUUAAAGGAAAGAUUGAAAUGCCAGCUGUUGCUAUUUCACCUCCAGAAGCAACAAUAGAAAGAGAUCUUGACAUUGACGGUCAUGGAGCUAAAGGAGCCAAAUUUCACAUGCCUUCGUUGAACAUUAACCUUCCAAAGAUAAAAUCUGGGGAAGUUGGUAUUGAUGUUAAAGGGCUUAAAGGUGAAGGAAAAACACUUGAUGUGCCAUCAAUGGAUAUUUCAGCACCUAAAAUAAAAUCUCCAGAGGUAGACGUCAACCUCCAGGGUCCAGAUGUUGACAUUUCAUUUCCAAAACCGAAAGCUGAUUUUGAGAUUGAUGUUAAAGACGCUGAAAUAAAAGGAGGAAAGACAAAAAUGCCAACAUUUGACAUUUCAAUGCCAAAGGUAAACUUUCCUGAAGGUGAAGUCAAAGUAAAGGGUCCUGACUUCAAGGGCAAAAAGAUUGAGAUGCCAGACAUUGAUAUUUCGCUGCCUAAAGGAAAAUCAGAUGUAGAAACUGAUGGGCACGGCUGGAAAGGCGGGAAGUUUCACAUACCCUCAGUUGAUUUUUCUCUACCAAAGAUAAAAGCUAAAGGACCAAACGUCAAUAUAGAAGGGCCUGAACUUAAACAAAGAGACAUCAACAUGCCUGACAUUGACAUUUCUCUUCCAAAAGGAAAAGCUGAUAUCGACCUCAAUAUUGAAAGUACUGAAGGAAAAGGAGGGAAAUUCAAAAUACCCAAAUUUGAUAUUUCCCUUCCAAAGACAAACCUUCCAGAGGGCCAUGUUGAUAUUUCUCUACCAAAAGUAAAAGGAGAAGUUGAUAUUGAUGGUCACAUGGACAAAGAGGCCAGGUUUCAGCUGCCUUCUCUUGAUGUUUCUCUCCCUAAAAUAAAAGCAAAAGGAGCUGACAUUGACAUGGAAUGUCCAGAACCAAAAGGCGACAUCACUCUACCAAAAGGCAAAGUAGAGGGUGAUCUCAGCCUCAAAGGCCCUGAUGUAAAAGGAGGAUUUAACUUGCCAACUGUGGACAUCUCAUUUCCCAAAGAAAAAAUUGACUUUGAUGUUCAAAGUUCAGAGAUAAAAGGUGGAAAGUUUAAAAUGCCUACAUUUGAUGUCUCCUUGCCCAAAGUAAGUCUUCCAGAGGGUGAUAUCAGAAUGAAAGACCCAAAUAUCAAAGGAGAGAAGCUUGAGAUGCCACACCUUGAUAUAUCACUCCCAAAAGGAAAAGCAGAAGGGGAAAUUGAAGCCGAAGGACAUGCUAGUAAAGGCAGCAAAUUCCAAAUGCCCUCUGUUGACAUUUCUCUUCCUAAAAUAAAAGGUAAAGGACCAGAGCUGAGUGGUGAAGUUCAAGGUGGAAAGGUAAAUUUGCCUUCGGUGGAUGUUUCUGCACCUAAACUGAAGUCUCCUGAAUUAAAUGUUGGUCUUCAGGGUCCGGAUGUCAAUGUUGCUAUUUCACCAUCAUCAUUUAAAGUGGAUGGUGAUGUUAACACUGAAGGAAUGGACAUAAAAGGAGGAAAGUUCAAGAUGCCAAAAUUUGACGUUUCUUUACCAAAGAUUACGCUUCCAAAGGUUGAUUCCAACAUUGAAGGUCCAGAGAUUAAAGGAAAAACAAAAAUGACAGCUGGUGAUAUUUCACUUCCAAAAGCUAAGGGACCAGAGAUCAAUUUUGAGGGUCCUGAAAUUGAAGGUGGGAAGAUAAAUUUACCAUCUCUUGAUAUUUCACUUCCCAAAACACAGUGUCCUGCUAUAGAUGCUAGUCUCAAGGCCCCUGAUGUUAAGGGAGGAAAAAUCAAAAUACCUGCAGUUAAUGUCUCCCUCCCUAAAGGAAAGGUUGAUGGUGACUUUGAUGUUGAGGGCCCUGAGAUGAAGGGUGGGAAGUUUAAAUUACCAAAAUUUGAUAUCUCCUUACCAAAGGUUACUCUCCCAAAGACUGAUGUCAGUGUUGAAGGCCCAGACAUAAAAGGAGAAAUGGAAGUACCAUCUGCUGAUAUUUCACUGCCCAAACCAAAAACAGACGUAGAAGUUGACGUAGGCAGUGGUAAAAGCAAGUUUCACUUGCCCUCGGUUGAUAUCGCGUUUCCUACAAUCAAAGGAAGGGAAGCCAAUGUUGAUAUUCAAGGACCUAAAAUCAAGGGUGAUGUAUCACUCCCUACAAUCAAGUCUUCAGACAUAGAUAUUGCCAUCAAAGGCCCUGACAUUGAAGGAGGAAAGGUUGAUCUACCAAAUGUGGAUGUUUCACUUCCCAAAGGUAAAAUAGAAGGUAAGGUCAAGGCAGAAGGAACUGAAGUGAAAGGAGGAAAGUUUAAGAUUCCAAAAUUUGAUGUUUCUCUUCCAAAUAUUUCCGUCCCAAAGGUUGACAUCAAUGUUGAAGGAGCAGAUAUGCAAGGGAAAAUUGAGAAGCCGACCACUGAUAUUUCAUUACCAAAAGCAGAUGUAGAUGUAAAUGUUGAAAGUGGUAAAGGGGGCAAAUUUCAUAUGCCCACAGUGGAUUUCUCUCUCCCCCGGUUCAAAGCAAAGGGAGCUGACAUUGAGAUUGAAAAACCUGACAUUAAGGGUGAGUUGUCUCUGCCUAAGGUGAAGUGUCCAGAAGUAGAUAUCAGUCUUAGAGGCCCAGAAGCUGAAGUAGGAAAGAUAGUUCAACCAACCCCAGACAUCUCAUGGCCCAAAGGGAAACUUGAAGGUGGCAGAGAAGUUGAGGGCCCUGAGAUGAAGGUGUGUAAAUUUCCUAAAAUGCCAAAAAUGGACAUGUGUUUACCAGAGGUUGAUCUUUCUGAGGGUAAUUUGAAGAUAAAAGGCCCAGAGUUCAAAACAGGAAAAAUUGAGUUGCCAGACAUUGAUUUGUCACUUCCCAAAGGAAAAGGAAAAGGAAAAGGAGAGAUUGCAACUGAAGGACAUGCUGGAAAGGGAGGCAAAUUUCACAUGCCAAAUAUUGACAUCUCUAUUCCUAAAAUGAAAACCAAAGGAACUGAGAUAAAUGUUGAUGGUCCAGAAUUUAAGGGUGGAAAAUUCAACAUACCUGAAGCUAACAUUUCACUUCCAAAAGAAAAUAUUGAUGUUGACCCCAGCGUUGGAGGUCCGGAAUUAAAAGGGGGAAAAGUAAAUCUGCCCAAAGUUGAUAUUUCUCUUCCAAAAUUUAGUCUACCAGAGGGUGCUGUCAAAGUCAAAGGACCUGAUGUCAAGGGAAAACAUGAAAUCUCAGCUGCUGAUAUCUCAACUUCAACAGGAAAAGUUGAGGGGGAUAUAGAUAUUCAGGGACAAAGUGACAAAAAAGGCAAGUUUCAACUGCCCUCAAUAGAUAUCUCUCUUCCUAAAAUAAAAACAAAAGGAAUUGAUAUGGAUAUUGGAGUACCCAAACCCAAAGGUGACAUAUCACUUCAAGGUGGACAAUUUGAAGGUGAUUUAAAUGUUGAAGGACCUAAAGUUAAAGGUAGUAAACUUAAAAUGCCCACAUUUGAUGUCUCGUUGCCCAAAGUCAAACUUCCAGAAGGUGAGCUGAAAAUGAAAGGUCCUGAAAUGAAGGGAGGAAAUAUUGGCAUGCCAGAUGUUGACAUAUCACUCCCAGGGGGUAAAGCAGGAGGAGAAAUUGAAACUGGAUUGCUUUCCAACAAAGAAGACAAGUUUCACAUGCCUUCAAUUGACAUUACUCUUCCUAAAAUAAAAGCUAAGGGACCUAAUGUAAAUGUAGACGGUCCUGAAAUUGAAGGAGGAAAAAUCAAAAUGCCUGGCAUUGAUGUUUCCCUCCCUAAAGGAAAGACUGAUAUUGACCUUAAUGUCGAGCCCCCUGAGAUGACUGGAGGGAAGUUUAAAUUACCGAAAUUUGAUAUUUCUUUACCGAAGGUUAUUCUCCCCAAGGCUGAUGCCAGUGGUGAAGGGCCAGACAUAAAAGGAGAAAUUGAAGUACCAGCUGCUGAUAUUUCACUUCCAAAAGCAAAGACAGAUGUAGAAAUGAAUGUCAAUACAGGUACAAGCAGCAAGUUUCACAUUCCCUCGGUUGAUCUGUCGCUUCCUAAAAUCAAAGGAAAGGGAGAAGUUGAUAUUCAAGGGCCUAAAAUCAAGGGUGAUUUAUCGUUUCCUAAAAUCAAAUCUCCAAAAGUAGAUGUCGACCUCAAAAGCCCAGAGGUUGAAGGAGGAAAAAUUAACUUACCAGUUGUUGAUAUUUCACUCCCCAAAGGAAAAGUUGAUGGUGACUAUGAGUUUGAGGGUGUUGAAGGUAAGAGGGGGAAGUUUAAAAUGCCAAAAAUUGAUGUGUCUUUACCGAAGGUGAGCCUUCCUGAAGGAAAUGUUAAAAUUAAAGGCCCGGACAUCAAGGCAGGAAACAUUGAGAUGCCAGACAUUGAUUUAUCUCUUCCAAAAGCAAAGGUUGAUGGGGAAAUUGACACUGAUGGUUAUGGUAAGAAAGGAGGCAAGUUUCAUAUACCUUCUGUGCAUCUUCCUGACAUGAAAGCAAAGGAACCGCAAGCCAACAUAAAAGGUCCUGAAAUCGAUGUUGAUAUCAAGGGUGCAGAUGUAAAAGGAGGAACUGGUGGAAAGUUCCACAUGCCAACUCUUGACAUAAAUAUGCCCAAGUUUGAUCUGGACCUAAGCCUUCCAUCUGGGUCAAAGGAUAAAGGCCUUAAAGUCAACAUCAGUGGAUCUGAUGUAUCUGGAGAUUUGGAGAUGUCGGGUCUGAAAGGUGAUCUCAAACCAGCCCAAUUGAAGGUUAAGACUGAAGCUGUAGAAGGUCCAGGUGCAUCACUGAAACUUCCCUCAGUCAAGCUACCAACAGUUGACAUCUCAGCUCCAAAAGUGGAUCUAGACUUUGGCCUUAAAAAACCUAAAGGUGAUGAUGUUGAAGUUGAACUUUUGAAAGCAGAGGGAGGAAGACCUUCUUCUGGUGGUAGCUUUGAUUUGCCUGAUGUCUCCCUCAAAGUGCCUAGUUUCACUUUCCCCCGGUUUGGUGUAAAGUCAAAGAGUGGUGAUUUGGAGGCAUCCGGACUCAAGGGAGAUAUUUCCCUCCAUCCGCCAAAUGUCGAAGGAGAGAUGAGGGCACCAUCAGUGGAAUUUGAUGGAGAUGGAAAAGUCAAAAUAAAGAAAACAAAAAUAAAAAUACCAUCAUUUGGAAUAUCUAAAAAAGAUUCAGAUGUAUCAGUGUCUUGUCCCGAUGCUGAUGUUAAGCUGAAAAAAGGAAAAGCGGACCUUCCUAACCUGGAUUUCAGGACUGAGAGCCCAGACAAGGCAAAACAUAAAGUAAAGUUUCCAAAGUUCAAAAUGUCAUCUCCAAAGAUUCAACUUCCAGAAGGAGAGGUUGAUGCUAAAGGGGAAGCUGAAGUGGAUAGAAAGAGUGGCUUUCAUGCACCUGAUGUCACUCUCAAGUUACCAAAGUUCUCAAUCCCAGGAUUUGGCUCCAAGGAAAAAGAUUUAGGUAAACUAAGUGGUGAACUUCAAGCCCAGGGCAAAGUGAAAAUGCCUUCCGUUGAGCUGUCACUCCCAGAAGCUAAAACACCAGAGAUGGAGGUUCUUCUCCCUAAAACAGAAGUUGAUGUUUCAGAAGCAGAUAUUAAAGGUUACGAAGGAAAUCUUAAAAUUCCCAAAAUGCCUAAGAAUGAUGUUUCUAUUCCCAAAGUAGACUUUGAUGUGUCUCUCCCAAAAGGUCAAUCCCAAGAGAUUGAAGGACCAAAAAUGGAACUUAAAGGUGACGGAAAAUUCAAAAUGCCUCAAGUAACAAUGCCAACAUUAGAUGUGAGUCUUCCUAAAGGAAAAUCUAAAGAUCUCAAUAUAGCUAAAGCUGAAAUAGAGGGUGAUGGAGGGAAGUUUAAAAUGCCUUAUGUCAAAAUGCCCACUGUUGAUAUAACUGUACCAAAGGCUGAUAUUUCACUGCUAAAAGCAAAAUUGGAAGCCCCUGAAAUUGAAAUGGAGGGGACUACAGAGCAAAAGUUUAAAAUGCCCGGGGUUGACAUCUCUCUUCCAAAGGGUAAACUCCAAGGGAAUAAGGCACCUGAAAUGGAUGGAGAAAGAGGCAAAAUCAAAAUGCCUCACAUAAAGAUGCCACAUGUUGAUAUCUCUCUCCCCAAGGGAAAAAUUGAAGGUGCAGAUGUGGAAAUCAAAGGAGAAGGGGGAAAAUUCAAGAUGCCACAAAUCAGCAUGCCGUCUGUUGAUGUUUCACUCUCUAAAGGAAAAGUUGAAGGUCCAAAUGUUCAGAUAGAGGGCACGUCUGAAGACAAAAUCAAAUUACCUCAAUAUAAAAUGCCAAAUGUUGAGGUUUCUCUGCCUGAGGGACAGAUUGAAGGUCCCGAUGUAGAGCUCAAAGGAGAAAAGGGAAUGUUUAAGAUGCCACAGAUUGGUAUGCCAUCUGUUGAAAUAGCCCUUCCCAAAGGAAAGGCUGAAGGGUUAGACAUUGAUGGAGGAGCAAAAUUCAAAAUGCCAUACGUAAAAUUGCCUUCAGUUGACACAUCUGUAUCUAAAGAAAAAACUGCUGACCCAGAUGCUGGAAUUACAGGAAAUUUGGGUGAAAAAUUUAGAGUGCCUCAUGUAAAAAUGCCAAAUAUGGACUUCUCAGUCAACAAAGGAAAAGAUGGUCCAGAUGUGGAAAUUGAGGGUGAAGGUAGAAAGCUUAACAUGCCACACUUUAGUAUGCCUUCAGUUGAUAUAUCAUUACCCAAAGGAAGAAUUGAGAGUCCUGAUAUUGAGAUAGGAGGUACAGAGGGCAAAAUAAAAAUACCUCACCUGAAACAGCCAAAUGUUGACAUCUCUUUACCCAAAGGUAAUGCUGCUAAAUUUGAAGGAACAGAGUUAAAAGUAGAGGGAAGCCUACCAGAAGUACCCUCUGGAGACAUUUCUUUGCCAAAAGAUAAAAUUGCAGGCCCCAAUGCUGGCAUUAAGAGUGAAGGAGGAAAAUUCAAGUUGCCAAAAGUUGAUAUAUCUCUUCCCAAAGUAAAACCUUCCAUGGAAGAUCCAGAGAUGGACAUAAAGAAAGAAGGACAACUCAAGAAGCCAAAAACAAGUACUGACAAAUCUAGUGGGAAAACUGAGGUAGAAAGUGGAACUAUCAAACUAUCCCAUAUAAAGAUGCCUAAAGUUGAUAUUUCCCUUCCUAAAGGUAAAGGCAGUACUAUGGAGAUGGAAGUUACAGGUUCAGAUGCCAAACUUGCAAAGGGGAAAGUAUCAAUGCCAAAGGAUAAAAUACCCAAACCUGAGCCUGGGUUACAAGUGGUAACACCAGAUCUAAAGGGCGAUUUAAAUAUUGAGGGAGAGAGCAAAGGUUUAAAGAUGAAAAUGCCAACAAUAGAUAUUGUAGGUCCAAAAGAAGAUGUAGAACUGAACAUAGGAUUUCAAAAAGAGGGUGUUAAGAUCGACAAGAAAAAAGUUGUAUUACCAGACCUAGAUCUAAACACAUCAGGAGCCAACGGGAAAGUUAAGAAGGGCAAAAAAUUUAAGAUCGGGGUGCCAAAAAUGAAAGGUGUUGAAGAUGUAACAGCAAAAGUAAAACACAGUGGAGAUGUUGAUGUCAAAAACAAUGGCCAUGCAACUGAUAAAUGUCAAGUUAACAUCACAGCACCGGAGGUGACGUUACCAAGCAUUGGUCUCCAAACAGGCUCAGGUACCAAAGGAGGCCCAUCAUCUUCCGGUAAAGAAGUCAAAGUACCUAGAAUACCUGAUAUAGAGUUUGAUAUUGGUACAUCACAAGAUGAAGAUGAUGACAAAACAGAGAUGGAGAAGAAAGUCAAGAUCCCCAAAUUUGGGGUCCCAUUACCCUCCAUCUCUUCUCCUGAAGGAAGGAUGGAUGUCCAUGGACCAGAAAUCCGGUAUGAGGGUCCUAAAAUGCCCAAAGUAAAGAAAGCUGUUUUUGUUUUGGUGAAUCCAAAUGAAACAGAGCAGGCAUCUGCAAGCCUUACGCCCCCAAACAAGAAGACAGUAGCUGAAACUGAGAUAGAAGAUGUCAAAGUGAAGAUCCCCAAAAUCAAAAAGAAGUCAAGCUUUGGGAAGUCUAAAGAUAAAUCAUCUGAAAGAGAAGCAGAGGAAGAGGAAAAGUCAAAGGGAGCAAAGAUUAAAAUGCCCAAAGUUUCAUUUUCAUCAGGCAAAUCAGGGUCUGCUGAUGUCACAAAGGGAGACAGUUCAAGUCUCAACGGAGAAAAAGCUGAAGCUCAUCACAAGGAUAAUAAAGGGACAUUCGGGGGCAAAAUCAAACUUCCAAAGGUGGAGUUUACUAGUCCGUACAGCAAGAUGGCAUCAGGGGAUAAAAUGGGAAAGGACUCCUCAUCAGAAGUAAAAGUUGACCUCCAAGGGGUUGAAACUCCAGACAAAAUGGCCUUAAAGGAAGUGGUGUCAUCUCAUGCCCGAACAGAGAUGUUGGACAGGGACAGUUCAGAGUCUCCACUGGGUUUUGGUGCAGAGUUCACAUCAACAAAGGUUCAGAUGUGGAGCGAGGUGGAGAGCAGAAGCAAAGAGGGAGAGGAAAAGGAAUCUACCUCCUGGUUCAAGGUCCCUAAGUUCACUCUGAAGCCCCAUUCCACAGGCUUCCUCCAGAUAACCCCAGAGGGUUCCCCUCAGGCCCAGCGCAGGGGCGAGCUGGGAGGGGAGGUGGACGUCUCCGGUUCCUUCUGUCUCCACACCUCGGGACUCGACUUCGCCAGCCAGCAAAUGUCCGAAGAGCACCAAGUCUCUUCCACAGAGGAGGGAACCGUCACAACAGUCACCAAGACGACGAGAAUCACCAGACACCUGGUUGCCACUGAGACUCGGACCGGCGAAUCCUCAGUAACUACUCACCAAGCAUCAGACUUUUAACUACUGAGAAUGCUGUAUUGAUAUCUUAAAUAACUUUUGGUUUUCAUUGUUUUUGUGUUUUUUAGACUGAUGAGGUUGCAGUGUUAUUUUAAUGAGGGGCAAAAUUAAAGUUUAUGUUUUAUAUUUUAUCAGGUUAGGCAUGAUGAAAUACAAGGUCUUUUUAUCAACCAGCGUUACUAUCAGUAUUGCAACUAAAGAGUAAUAUAUACUAGUUUUAUUGUUUUCUUUUGACUAUUUUUGUUGUUCAUUUAGUUUUGUUAGGUUUGUCCUAAUUAUUUGUCCAGUUUUGAUAAACAGUAAUCAUCAAAUAUUUAUUUUUAUUUAUUCAAAGUGUGAAUAUCUUUACGCUCACCAGCAGAAUCGAUGUAGUUCCAACAAGUCCGAGCUGCGCCACUGAUCCGCCAUCUUGGUAGGCAAGUCCAGCACAAAGCACAGGUGAACCACGGCUUCAAGACCAACAGAACGAGAGCAGAUUACUCGAAUAACUGUUUUAAUGUUCUUAUAUUUUUAUAAGUUAGAAAGGAAUCUAGUUCUAAGCUUGUGGCUUGUUUAUUGUUGUCAUAGCAACUGUCAUGACAGUUAGAUACAUUACCUACCAAGAUGGCCGUCAGCUACAAAGUUCCUGGAAGCAAAGUCACAUGAGAACUGUACAUCGUCGCAGUUUUGUUUUCAAGAAACUUAAAAUCAUUUAUACUGAUCAAUCAAAAAAACAUACUGGAUAGAUUUAUGUAAAUAUCUCUAUAUUAUAGCGUUUUGUUUUUUUUAAGCGUUGUCCCUUCAAAGCAAAAUGUAAUUAUUUUCAUAUUCACCAGAGUUUAAUUUUUUUUUUUUUAUCUGAUGAUCUCAUUUGUUGGUGUUGCAGGAAAAGUGUGAGGUUAUAAAGAUGAUAGGCUGUUAUUUUCUACGUAAGACUUGUACUGAAGGCCUUUCGUUGGUGCUACGUCCCAGAGUUUACUGCUGUGUGUACGCAGGAUGCUCUGUGACCUCUGACCUUACAGAGGCGGAUUCUCUCAAACAUGUAGGCCAACAUGCUGCUAGCCUGUUUAUAUUUUCACUUUGCAUCGCCUGGAAAUUAUUCAACAGUCUCACGAUGGAGAUUUUAUUUUUGCAAAAAUGUAAAAAUGAGACAAUGGGAAUCUAAGGGAUUUAAUUUAACAUUUUAAACACAAAAAUAAUUGUAAAUUUUAAAUGAUUACACAUUUUUUUGGCUGCUACAAUGAAACUAAUUAAGGAGUGGCAAGCUUUAAUUUUCUCAGAAGCCCAAGUGUAGCAUAAUGUGAUUUGUGUUGUUACUGCUACAUAAUAAUAUAAGAAGUGCCUUUAACUAUUACCUCUAUAAAACUGUCUGCCAGUAAAUCAAUAUUUUCACCAUUUUCAUUUCUAAAUUGAGGAAAUGCAGGUUAAAAUCUGAGAAAGGGAUUUUCAAAAUGUCAGCUGCAAAAUAUUGAAAGCAUCUGAGAGCAAAUUUGUGCUUUUGAUUGUUUAGUUUUCCUUUGGUAACUGAAAGGAAGCAACGUCUAGCAGGUGAAAAAUGUUUUUUAAAAAGCAAAGUAAAGUCAAGAUAACGUUGCGUGGGCUCCACUGUAUGUACAGAUGUUUUUACCUUUUUGGAUGAAUGAGGUGAUCACAUUUUUUUUUGGAUUUUAGGAUUUUCAGAACUAAGUGUUGUGCCAGAGCUGCAUUGGAAAGACGACAAUAAAAUACUAUUUGCUCUU